AGUCAGACGGUCGGGAAGUCACGGCUGACGGAUAGAGGAUCCCCAAUUCCCCGUCCAAAGCGGUUGGUCCCCAUUCUUAAACCUUCCACACCCCUCUAUUCCCUUCCUGCUCAUCUCUUCUCCGUCAGAAGUUCGCUCCAGAAAUCUAGUUUGAAGAUAAAUCCAAUCCAAUCUCUGCAAAGAGGAACCCGAAGCCGAAGAUGAAGAUCGUUCCGGUCGCUUGCUUGGAGGACAACUAUUCCUACCUGAUCGUGGACGAGAGCACCAAGGCAGCGGCGGCUGUUGACCCGGUGGAGCCGGAGAAGGUGCUGGCGGCGGCCAGCGAGGUCGGCGCCUACGUGGAUUGCAUCCUAACAACCCACCACCACUGGGAUCAUGCUGGUGGCAAUGAGAAGAUGAGGCUGUUGGUGCCAGGGAUUAAGGUCUACGGUGGAUCCAUGGACAAUGUGAAAGGCUGCACAAAUCAGGUGGAGAAUGGAACCAAGCUGUCCCUUGGAAAGGACACUGAGAUACUAUGCCUACAUACGCCAUGCCAUACAAAAGGUCAUAUUAGCUACUACGUUACUAGUAAAGAGGAGGAAGACCCUGCAGUGUUUACUGGAGACACCUUGUUCAUUGCUGGUUGCGGGAGGUUUUUUGAGGGUACUGCAGAGCAAAUGUAUCAGUCCCUUUGUGUUACACUGGGUUCACUGCCUAAGUCAACUCGAGUUUACUGUGGUCAUGAGUACACUGUAAAGAACCUGCAAUUUGUGCUGACAGUCGAGCCAGAAAACGAAAAGGUGAAGCAGAAAUUGGAAUGGGCUCAAAAGCAGCGUCAAGCAAAUCAGCCAACAGUUCCCUCAACUAUAAGAGAUGAGUUUGAGAUAAACACCUUCAUGCGUGUUGAUCUGCCAGAAGUACAGGCGAAAUUUGGUGCCAAGUCACCUGUUGAAGCGCUGAGGACGGUCAGGAAUACCAAGGAUACCUGGAAAGGUUGAUACCAAGACAGCUGCUACUCAUGCUGUAGGUCUCUUGAAUUCUGCUAAUGCAGAAAGCUUUACCCUGUAGGUGGGAUUUACAGCUGCCGUGCAAAGCUUUGAGUAAUGUUGAUGUGGUCUUGUCUGUGUUAAUAAGAAUCUAGUGUGCUGUUUUUCUUUCAAAAAACAAAACGAAGAGAUCAAGUCUAGCAUGCUAGUGGUACUGUAUCUGUAUCAACCGGACAACAGCAUGGCGUGUCAAUUAUGUCGGUCUUGUAAUGAGCAGUGAUGAUAUAAGCUACGAGAAAAUCUCCCGUGUAUAUUUGAAGUCCAAGGGCUGUGAUGGUGUUC